AUGAAACUCGUUCGAUUUCUAAUGAAAUUAACUCAUGAAAGUGUUACAAUAGCACUUAAAAAUGGUUCAAAUGUUUUUGGUACAGUCAUCGGUGUUGAUAUGUCAAUGAAUACACAUUUAAAAUCAGCUAAAUUAACACCAAAAAAUGGUGAACCAAUUUCAUUCGAUUUUAUUACUAUUCGAGGUAACAAUAUUCGAUAUUUUAUUUUGCCAGAUAGUCUUCCAUUAGAUACAUUACUUGUUGAUGAUACACCUAAAGCUAAAGCUAAACGUGAACGAACUGGUCCAACUGGUAUGGGAGCCAGAGGUCGUGGAAGAGGUCGUGGUCGUGGACGAGGUCGAGGAGGUGGCGGUGGAGGUAAUCGUGAAGGUGGUAGCUUCGGUGGUCGAAAUCGUUGA